GUUGUUUUGUUGAUCUAGAGGCUGCUCUCAUCGUGCUGAAUACUUCUUGAUGUCACUGAUGUAACUGAAUUACAAUUAUGAUUCGAUUAUUGUGGUCCUGUUGACGCUUGCCUACUUUUUUUCGAGAUUCGUGUGUUUUGCGAGAGCAAACCAUAUACAUGUAAUGAUAUAGAAGGCGCUGUGAUAUCACAGAUGCAAUGCUUUUACCUACCAACAGAUGCCACAAUAUUCACUGUCAAUAGUUUUUCAUUGGUUAUUUUCCUUGUCUUGAAAGUCAAAACUAAAGUGGCCAUCAUGGCGAAUCCAAGAAAGUUUAGUGAGAAGAUCGCUUUACACAAUCAAAAACAAGCAGAAGAAACGGCCGCUUUCGAGCAGAUAAUGAAAGAAGUUUCAGAUGCGACCAGUAAGAGUGCUCUUAGCAGCCUAGAGGAAAUGAAGGCAGGUCGAGGUGACGGGACAUAUCAGGAACGAGGUCGGAGAAUGGGUGUGGGACCAAUGCGGUCUCGUCCUGCAGAGAAACGCAUUGACACGUCUCCAUAUAGCAGUUCAACGUACCUAUCACCUCCACCCGACACUAGCUGGAGACGCACAAAUUCGGAUUCUGCCCUGCAUCAGAGCGCUAUGGCCACUACUACAGAAGCUGGUUUAUCCUCGCAGAGGAGAGUUGCUGAUGGUUCAUUGUUGGGCUUAGUGGUUGUUGACCCAGCUGAUUCUAACCGAAAACCUAUUUCGACAACAGUUGAUGGUCGACCACGUUCAAGCUGUGAAGUUCCGAGAGUACCUGGAAUAAACAUCUACCCCUCACAGCAUGAACCUGGGACAGUACAAAUCCCUAUUGGCAACAAUACAGGAUCAUUGCCAGACCUCACGAGUUUCCAUUUCCCACCGCCUCUCCCAACGCCUCUUGACCAAGAAGACCAUAGCAGCUCUCCAUAUAGCACAAGUCCACAGGGUGCCAGCCCUUCAACUCUUUCCCCAACAAGUCUCGCAUCGAGGCCCACGGGUCGGUUUUCAUUCACUGGUUCGCCUCAAGACUCCCAAGGUCCUAGUCCGGGCCAUUCACCCAGUGCAAGACGAAGGCAUUAUCACCAGCCUCACCUGCAGAACCUUGUCAUGGGUGGUCCACAGAGUCCUGGUUCACUAGCGCAGGCUACGAAUCACCUUUCUGUGCCAUCACAUGUGAAUUCAAGGUACCUUCACACAUGUAAGGGUGUGACAGUUGAUAGCACAACAGUACCACUGGACAACUUUUCCCAGCAGCAGGGCCAGUAUAUUUACCAGCAACCCCAGCAAGUACAACAGGCACAAGCACAAACACAGCCAUCAUCACCUCAGCAGCAGCAGCAGCAGCAGCAGCAGAUGCAGCAGCAGACGCAACAACAGUCACCUCAACAACAGGCAUCUCCACUUGGCAGUCCGAAUCUUGUUUCAAAUUCGAAGCCUAUGCCAUCUGUGAACCAUGCACAUUUGAAUUCCUUGAACACGUAUCGAAGCCCGCAGCCUCUCACUAGGCCCAGUCCCCAGACAUCCCCUGGUCUUCUGGUACAGGGUGCAAAUGUUUACCGAAGUGCAAGCCCGGGAGACACUAGCCAUAGUGGGCCUCAGAGUCCAGUAUCGCCUGCCAGCUCACCAGGAAUUGGGCCCAGCACCAGCCCUUUCCUUGACCACAACAGCUAUGGCUUCACGCAAGCUCAGGCAAAUGCAUUGCAGCAGCACUUCGAGCAAUUCAGUAUGGUGGACAAUCCUGUACCUACAAGCAUCAGUUACAUAAAUUCACAACAGAGUAACACAACUAACUACUCACAGGCAAUCAACCACGGAAGCCCAGUAGAAGAGAGUUCUGGUCUGACACAGAUCAGCAGCCAAGAACUGAAUGCAGCUGACCAUGGUUACUACAGCCAGUCCCCAUCACAACUUCAUUACAACCGUCCAGUGGCAGUCAACCCCAGUGGUGGUAGUACACAGCAGACAACACCACAGACACCAAAUACACCCUCCAGUAUUCCAGAUAUUAUUCUAACAGAUUUUUCAUCAAGUACGGGUGAUGACCUCUCGAGGCAAGAAUUUGUUAAGGAUUUGGGUUCUGCCAUGUCGGGCUCUUUUGAUGACUCUGAGCUCUUCCCCUCAGAUGAGACCCUCCGUGAAGGACUAGAUCCAAUUGACUUUGAUGGUCUUCAGAUGUUAACAGAUCCCGAUAUGAAUGUGAUAACAGAUCCUUCAACAGAAGACAAUUUCCGGAUAGACAGGUUGCAGUAGUGAUACAGUUAUCUUCAACCAACAUAUUUGUCCUUACCAAAGUGUUGUUUGUGUGCAUGUCAGGUGAGUGACCAUUUCCAUUGUGUGCCAUUUACAAUGUUUAGCUCCAGGUUGAAACAGACAGAUCAGCACAUGAUGCACAACAUUACAGACAACAUUGAAGUAGUCCCUUGAAUCCAAAGAUUUGCUUGUUUUGUACUUUCUUACAUAUACUUAGAUGUAGAAAACUGUACCAGUCAUUGAGAUUAACCAACAUUCCAGAGAAAUAACUGUUGGUUUAUGUUCUGUUAUUUUGUAGUUUUUACAAUUGGAUUGAAAUACAGUUGACUUUUAUAAUUGGAUUGAAAUACAUCCUACAAGGAAAAUACAAGAUUGUGAAUGUAUAUUGAAAAACCUCUGGGAUUUGUUUAAUGUUUUCUGUGAAUGUCUACUGUCAUGCAGCAUUAUCUCCAAUCCACAUGUCACAUCUUGUAAUAUGUGAUUAGGGAGAGGGCUGUUAGUGGUUCUCUGACCUUUAUUGAGGUAAUACUUGAGUGAAUUUAACAUACUGUAAACGUGAAGUGCGUGUGCUAAUGUAUCAUUGGAAACUAUCUGCGGAACGUAGAAAACAACUCUCUGCAAUAUGUGUUUAGUAUGUACAAUUUAAUGCGAUUUUUGAAAAAGACAUUCUGCAGGAUUUUUUAUAUCUUACAUAAAAAUGAUAUUGUGUACCUAUCAGAUGUGCUGCCAAGACAUGAAUUUUCAUGUCGAAAUGCCAGCAAGUCUCAUGAAUUUUAAAUUGCUGUGUGUUUGAAUGUGACUGAUACGUUAAGUGUAUUUGAUCUGAUUUUAUUUGAGAGCUAUUGUGUAACAUUAACAUGACCACAACUGUUUUUAUUAUGUUAGAUUGCAUCUGGCCUAUAUUGUUCUAUAAAUAGUUGUAGGUAAUGACUUCCACAUGUUGUGUACCAUUGUAUAAUUGUAAGACAUUGACAAAAUGCUGCACUGCCAUCCAAUAGCAUGCUUUUCUUAGUAUCUCUAAGCAAGCACAUUUACUUCAAGUUGCUAUUUCAUGGUUUACUAUAAUUUACACAGUUUGAAUUUUCAUUCAGAAUAGUAAUUGUUACAUAACUUUUAUCAUGCCAUGAUAUUUUUUUAAAAACGUACAUACACAUCUUUUGUCCUUUUUACAUGGUUUUAUUCAUAAACUUUCACAUAUAAGGAAAUUUGUGUUUUCAUUUGUGUGAAAGCAGUGUUCAGCAUAAAACACAAAAGAGAGAUAAUUGUUAAUAUGUGUAGAUUGUAAGCAUUGUAUAAAAUGUAUUUCCACUGUAAAUAUGGCUGAUUUUCUUCGAAAUUCAUGGUGGCUUACAUUUUCUAUAAUAAUUAUCAUGUUAAUGUUUACAUUACCUGAUACUAUACACAGAUUUAUGUGAUAAAUGGAAGCUUACAAGUAAAAUCAGAUUCAAGGUAUUUCAUCAGCAUAUGAUACUGUUUUUAAAAUUUUUGAUAUAAACUUGUAAAUUGUUAGUAUAUUUAUUGUUACACAGUUAAGAUUUAUUCUCUUCUUUGACUGUUUUUCCUUUUGCACCUAGAGUGGGAAGUCUGUGUGUGUGUGUGUGUGUGUGUGUGUGUGUGUGUGUGUGUGUGUGUGUGAUGAACUGCAUAUGUAGAAGUUGCCAAAAUUAUUUCUUUAUUGCCUCACUUGAACAAUUGUUGAUUCAGAGUUAAUGGGAAAUACAUUAUGAGACACAUCAGUCUAUAAAGCUAAAUUUGAAGUGUUACAUGUUUAACUGUCUCUCUCUCUCUCUCUCUCUCUCUCUCUCUCUCUCUCUCUCUCUCAGCAGACAUUUAUUAAAUUUGUUGAAAUAUUCUGUAUUAUUUAAAACUAAUAUUUAACAAAGAACUAUAUUGUUACUUAUUUGCAAAAUUAUUAAUAAUUUGGUAGGAGUACCUACUAAAUAAAUAGAUUUAUGGAAAUAUUCGCACAGAAGAAUCAUUCUUCUGAGUUGAGCAACUGUGAUUUUAUUCUUGUUAAAUGAGUUCAUAUUGUUCUACUAUGUUUAAAUGAAGUUUAUCUGUAAAUUUGCACUGUUACAGAAACUGUGAGUGAGACAUGUUACUUAAUGUAAUGCAUUGUUGCCAAACUGAAAUGAAUCUGUAAAUUGAAUUUUAUUUUUGUAAGUAACCACAUUUGUGUACUGAAUUUGUUUAAUUUUAUACUUGUUGAUUUCUGUGAAAUUUUAUAUAUAUACAUAAUGUUGAACAUUCGUGCCAAUCUUUAUAAUGUGGGUUUGUCUUUAUUAAAAUUAUAAUCAUUCAUAAGCUUGAAUUUCAGGACAAACUUUGUUGUAUAUGACACAUUUCUACUAUGCAGUAGUGUUUCACUGUCAUCAUUGUAAUAAAUAUGGUUGAAAGUUUAUCCACAUAGGAAUUUCCUGUCUUGUUCAUACUUCUAAAGGGGAUAGGGGUAAGAUAAAGGAUUUUUCCUAAUCAUAUUUUGGGUAAACUUUAAACACACAAUAUAACACUGUCAUCUUGUACACUUUCUUUUGUGUGUCCUGUGCAAUUUUCCCUCCUGAAUUAUUCAUUCACUUGUAUUUUGUGUGUUCUCUUGACUCAUAUAAUUUUUAUGUGUAACUUUUAUCCAUGUAGUAAUGACUUUUUCCCUCUCAGCAUGGAAUUUAUCUAAUCAAUUCAUUUUCUUAUCUCUGGUGUUUUUCAUGAUGCUUAAUUCAGUGAAUGCUUUAGAAAUUUCAUUACUGAUAUUCCUCUUCACAUGUCAUACUGUGUGACUCUCAGGACUUUGUGUCAUAUAAAAUCAUAAAUUUCAUAAUGUUUCAUGUUCUGCAUCUUCUUGAAUAUCCCUCGAGUGCAUGUGUUCUUGAAGAAAUUCUUCCAUGUAUUCAAAUAUGAUGUGCAAUAGUGUAUAGUCACAUUUUUUAAAGAAACGCACAAAUUUUGAUCUACAUGUGUUACAACUGUAACACUCAUUGUAAAUCUUGAAAUAUUUAUUCUAACUAAAAGGUCAAAAGUACACAAAUGUCAGUAUGAAUGAUGCUGUGCUCAGAGCUUUUUUUAUUUUUUUCUGUCUUCUUUUUUUAGGUAUAAGAAAAAAAACUGUUAAAAAGAUUUUGUGUUUUUUUCACCUAAGUUUUUAGACCUUUGAAAGAAAAAAAGAGUUGGUAAAGAGAAUAUAGAAAAGUUAAAGUUUUGAUGACUGUGCAGCAAAGACAGCAGCAAGUACAGCCUUUGGAAUAUAGGUAAAUGAUACUUCAUGCACAGGAUAAAGUUCAGUGUCAGUAUGAAAUGUUAAAAUUGUAAUGAAAACAGUUAAAGUGUUUUAAAUAUUGACACUGCAACUACAGGUACUGAAGCAUUAUGUGGCAGUACAGCAAACAACAUAAUAAUCAUAUUCACACAAUGCUGAGCUUCGUGACAACAUAUCUGUUCCUCUGAAACUAAAUGGGUAAAUAAUGAAAAAAGUUAAUACAAGAAAAUCUGUUUGCUCUGAACACUGGCAGGAGAGUGGUGCGAAUGACCCAUACUGCUGUAAGUGUUCCAUUUCAUAACUGCACCCUGUGUUCCGCUUCCUGCACUUAAUACAAUUCAACAUAUUUCACCAAUGAUACUUUAAUAAUAGUUAAUGGAAGGAGGCACAACAAAAAAGAAAAACAUCAGUUGGAAAUCUGUCAAAAUAUCAGAGAAAUCGCCUGACUGAUUAAUUCCUGGAGGAACAACUCCCAUUUCAGAGAAUAGCUACACAUACAAUGAAAUCCAAAUUCCUUGCUUUUGGAACCACAAAUUCCUUCUUCAGGAAAAGGACAUAGGAAAAUUUUGUAGGGAGAGUAGAUGAGGGGUCUGAAAGACACCUCUGGAGCAGGAGGAGGAAGGAAAACGACAGAUAGUACUUGCUCCUUAUACCUCAUAAUUGUGCCAUCUUUCAAAGCUGUUGUUUUCUUUUUGUGAAAUACUUGCUAUCUUUUACCUAUACCACUUUAUCCUGUUAAAGAUCACAAAUUGCUACAUGGUAAUUUUUGUAAUCUUUUCCAUUGUGUUGAAUAUUUCACCCUACAGGAUUACUUGAGUAAUUUUCUUUAAGAAAAUUCUUGUCCACCAGCAUAUUGUCACAAAAUGUUCAAAGUAAUUUGUAAAGUACAGGAUGGAAUAACAACAAUGUAAUUUGUAUGUUUUUCCCUUGUCCAAUUGUGUUCAUUUAUAUGAUGAUCCAUAUCUGUUAUAAGUUUGUCUCUGAACUUAACAUUCUGAACUUGUUUGUUUCCUGUAUUGGUCCCCUCAAGUCACUGGGUUAUGUUAUGCUAUCUCUUGUACUUUAUGCUCUGCUGCCACAUUUUAUUUUGGUAUGAAGUCAUUUUGGCAGUUUUUAAUGUAAAGUUACUUAAAAGGUUAUGUACUCAUUGCUCACAAAAGGGUGCAGUAACAGUAUUUCGCAUGUUUUCACAGAAUCCUUUGAAGUCCAAUCACAAGCUAAAUUGAUAUGCUGUGGACCUUGGUGUCAACAUUUAAAAUGCAUUGAGCCCGUUCACAAAGAUGCUUCAGGUACACACAUGUAAUCUUAUUCUGUAUACAACUGGGUCACUAUUUAUGAUGGGACUCUACUUAUCCAGUCUUGUUUAUGUGGGUAACUGUUAUAUCAUCGCACGAAGAUGAAGAAUCAAUUGUUUGUUGUUCUGACGUGUAAAACAACCAUUAGUGUAGCAGAUGCCAAGACAGCAGCUUCUGGUAGACUUUUUGAUUAUAAUGGAAUACAUUACAAUGUUUUUUGUACUAAUUGGAUUUUUUGCUUCAGUUUCAAGGUGUGGUUAGCCGUACUCCUGUUUCACGCCAAUUUCAUGUGUCUUAAAAAUCAUUACUGUUUUGUGUAGUAUUAUGAUUGGUGUUGGUUUCCUCAUCACCUGUCAACCACAAAGUAGGUUUAGCUGAGAUCUGGUGUUAAAAUGUAAGUAAGCUGUUUGUAUUCAGCACAUUGUGGUAAAUGUUCAGUGCUGCUGUCCUUCCUCCUUUGAUCGUAUAUUUUUGAUAACAGUUGUACGUUGGAAUCUGAAGACUGAUGAAGCAGGUGCUACAGGAACACCAACGUUGCACCAGCCACCCUACUAAUUUUAUCAUCUCUCCAAGACAGUUCAGUGGGAGAAAUUUUCACCGGUUGUGUUAAGUCAGCUCGGGAAGAAGUGCUCUUGGUAUACAGUUCCUGAUCAACAACUCUUACAGUAUAAUAUGUUAAAAUUCCAAACCUUCUGCACAGAGUGAGAUGGAAUCUGCCCCUAUUGUUGUCGAUCCAUUCCAUAGAUAAGGAUGUUAAAUGUGUUGGCCACCAACCCUUGUCUGAUGGUUUGUAUUUAUUAAGAUAGCAGCCAGGGUACACACAUAAACAGGUGCAAAUAUAUUAAGAAAAUAGCUGCUUAGUAAUUGGAAAAUGGUUGUCAAAUGAACAGUUGUAAAGUUAGUUUGUGAAGUGGUCAUUUAGAAACUGCAGUUAUCUUCACAUCUAUAGGAACUAUACAGCGUAGUAAAUUCCAGAACAGUGUAAUGAGAUACAUCGGCACUUUACUUAAACGUGCUUCUGUGCUGUACCAGUCUCCGCUUUUUAUCUUACUGUACGUGAAAUAUAUACAGAAACUUGUAUGCCUUACGACAAAAUAGUGUUAAUUUGAAGAACAUUGAUUAGUCGUGAACUAGUUAAGCUCUAUCAAAUGUCUAUGCUAUGCCCUAUGAAAGAAACAACAUUGAAACAUUCAGAUGAACUGAAGCCUCACACCUUUUGUAUGAAGAGAGAACUGAAGUUGGCGAGGGAAUGGGGGAAGUGGUGGUGGAGGAGAGGUACUGAAAGUAAUUAUUAAUAUGGUAUGGAAAUGCCACACAAAUUUUUGUUUGUGUUUUCAUAUAUACAUAUCGUACUUUGUAUGUAAGUUUUAUUUCUACACCUAGAUUGUGUAAAAGCAUUAUACAGUGCAUAAAAAAGCGGAUUUGUAUCAAUUUUUAGUUUAUGCAUUAAAUUUCAUUUUCAGAUUGAGCAAGGGAAGGUAGUUGAUAAUUUUACACUCUAAACUGACUACUGAUUAUCUAAAUUCAUCCAACAGUUUUGUAAAAGUUCAUCUUAGUAAAUACUGAUAACAUGUCCAUAAUAUUUCACACUGAUUAAUCCACCAGGAUAUGACCCUUGUGACAUGCCUCUGAAUUCAUUCAAACUCUUAAUUUGUGCCAAUCUGAUGAAAAACCCCAAGAGUAACUCUGCUCAUUUUCUCUCCCCCUCCCCCCUUCCCUCCCCCCUUCCCUCCCUCCUUCCCUCCCUCCCCACUGUAAGGAUCUAAGGAUUCUCACAAUAAAUGAGUAUCCUCAAUCCGCAAUACAUGUAACAAAAUUCGUGUCCAUUAAUAUUUACCUGUGUGUAAAGAAUUCAAUAUCAGCUUUAUGCAUCAAAUAUAAAUCAUAUUUGUACAAUAAACAUUAACAAAUCAACAACAGCAAAUAAGAGUAAACACAUCACUGCAUAAUACAGUAACAUCAUUGCAGGCAGAUUGUAGUCUGUUUCCUUUACUGUGUGAUGAGCUGGCCUUCUUCAUUUCGUAUAUCAUACACUGAAAAACUUGGUGGAGAGAAGUCCUUGAUGGAAUGUGAAUCAUAAGGAGGGAAAGUAACAACUCACUGUAUAGAUGAGACAUUGAGAUGCUGAUUGGCAUACAAACAAGACUGAGAACAUUACGCAGCAACUUUUUCAGUCUUGUUUAUGUACCAGUCGACAUCUCAAUGCCUCAGCUAUAUAGUGAGUUGUUAUCUUUACUCCACUCGUUAUUCAUUAACAUUUAAAAACUGUCAGAGGCAGAACUGACAAUGUUUAAGGUUUUAGUAAGCUAAAAGUCUCUCUCUCUCUCUCUCUCUCUCUCUCUCUCUCUCUCUCUCUCUCUCUCCCCCCCCCUCCCUCCCUCCCCCCUCUCUCCUCCCACCCCUCCCUUUUCCCCCUCCACUGUCACUAGUUUUAGUAUUGAAUUAUGAAUUUAUUUUUCAUUGCUAAAAUGAACCAAUACUUUAGAGGCAAAAAGAAAAGGGAAAAAAUUGAUAAGGAACUACAUAAUGAGAAGGAAGAAAAUGAUUUGUGGGGCUUAUAACCAUGUUGUGGGAAAAUCGUCUUGGGAAAAGUUUUUGCAGCUUUAUUAAUGAGUAUACAGUGUGGUCUAAUGGUUUUUAUUUUGUAUUUCCCUCUUUGUGUCUUUCUUACACUUUCCAAAUAUUUCUUCUCUUUUUGUACUUAUUCCAUUCCCAUUUCUUCUUUGUUGAUUUUUAUCUUAUUGAAAAUCUUCACUAUUUUGAUCUGCUCUUGGCUCAUAUUUAUUUUCAGCAACUUUUUCACCAUUCUUUGUGUUUUAUCAGCGCAUUCUUUAUUUUUAUUAUUUGAAAAAAAAUGACUUUGACCAUGCCUAGUCAUCAGAUUCAGGUUAUUUGUGGUUUCCCUAAAUUGCGUCAGGCAAAUACUGAGGUUGUUUUAUUAAAAAGGACACAGUCUGUUUCCUUCCUCGUACUUUCCAAUUUUAUUUUAUACUCCUUCUCAAAUGACCUUGUUGACAACAGGAUUUUCACCCUAAGUUUUUAGAGCAAAUCAUUAAGUAAUGGUAGAACUAAAUGUAAUGGUGCCUAUGACCAUUAUAUUUGAGAUAUUUUAAAAUGCAUGCAGUAAGAAGUUAUUGUUCCUAUAAUUGCUGUGUUAACUUUUAACAAAACUGCAGGAACAAGGAAUAACCCUUGACCUUUCUUCAUUUUCAUUUGCAAUUUUUCUCAGAUAUUUUUCUGUGACAUAUUAAGGUUUUUCAUAAAUUACUUGAUGAGAAUGUUGGAAAGAGAGAGCAAGCCAUCUUUCAUGUAAAAAUUGUAGAGGUUUAGUGUGGCUAGCUAUUACAGAUGUAAAGCAGAAACAUAACUUAUACUUCAUUGAUGCCUUUGAUUUUAUAAUACUGUUUAUAUACUUAAGAUAUUCCUGUUAUCAAAAUAUACAUGGUAUAAAGGUCCAUUGCCUUCAAUUAGAGUUUGUAGAGAUGGUAACGUCAUUAUAAUUAACAGCAAAGAAUUGUAUAAUUAACAGCAAAGAAUUGCACAUGUGCAGUUUCUUACGUAUCUGACUAAUGUCAGAGUUAUAAUUAUUACAUUUUUGUAGUUAUUAAAUUGGAUCAGCACAUGGGCUGCACCUCGUGGCACAUGUCUACUCUCAAUGCAGUCUCCAUUCAGUCUGCAUCAUAGUGUUCCUUAAACAGUUUUCAGAUUAAGGUAUGUCAUCUUCAGAUUUUUCUUUAACAUUUAUGAAUGUCUCUCCAGUCUGGAAAUUUGUUAUUUUUUUGUACCUAUAGUUAUUAGGUGACAAAAUCACAGAUUGGAUGCAAAAGUUUAUUGUAUGUACAAUUUGUUGCCAAAUUCCCUUUAAAAUCAAAGAAAGAAGCAAAAAUUGUUUAAGGGUUGGCUGUUGUCAUUGGACAAUUUACAAAAAGGAAAAUUGUUGAUUCUUUGCAAACACAUGCUUAUAGUGGCUAGAGAGAGUGAAGCACAGUAUGUCUUCAGGAAGUUCAGGACAAGAGGAUUUAUGUGUGGAAUAAAGGGGAAAAAUGAGUAGACUGAAACUUUGGAUGCGUCUGUUAAAAUGGUGGAAAAUUUAUGAAAUGAGAAUGUAUGUUGUAUGAUCAGUCAACAAAGAGAUGCAAAUAUUGAAAUAACAACCAUGACACAGCAUUAUAUAAUGGGAAGGAGCUUUACUGGUAGCAGUUAUUACCAUUGUUUACUGAAUGAAAUAAUUAUUGAAAGAGCAAACCAGGAAUCACCUCAAAACAACUCACUUUAAAGUUGAAAUGAUGAAUAGUACUAACAGAUGUGUAUGUCUCUAAAAAAUUUUCAUUGCUUAGAAGCAGAACAAAUGUUGAGUAACUCAGUAAUAAUAAUUUCCUUAUAAGGCAGGUGGCUAUUGUUCAUGCCACCUUUCAGGUAAGUGAUACAGUUGUCUUCCAACCAUAAUCUUUAUUUGCAUUCUAGCUGGACAUUUUCAGUAAUUAUGAGAAAAGAAAUGCACCUGUCGCCAGAAAGUUCCUUUGUAAAUAAGCAUGGAUGUGAAUUAGCACACAAUAUAUAUUAAUCAAUUAAAAGCAAGUAGCUGCUGAAUAUGAAAUCACACAAUUCCGUGUACGGGGUGGUUAACUGGAUGAGCUUGAGCACCACUUUUUUUGAAGGUGGGGGGUAUGACAAUUCCUUGCAGCCUUUUAAAAUGAGAGACUAGUAUCUCCUGAAAUACACCUUUUGAUUUUUUGUUCAGAACCUACAUAAAACUUUCAUCAGUUUCCCCUCUGAUCUGUAAACACAAAUAUUUUAUUACUUUGGAGGCAAAAGUAAAUAUCACCUGGUUGAGUUUCUCAGCUCAUCACCCCAUUUAUCAGUCCAAUUGAUCCUUUAUCACUUUUUAUUACUUAUUUUCUUCUUGCUACAGAUGGAGGUAUACAUAGUAACUUCCAGAAAAGAAGAUGCCAACACUUUUGUUGAUAUAAAUUCAAGGUGUGAAUAGUGAUGCCAGCUGCUCACAUGCCCAAUUACUAGGGUAAAAACACCUCACUCUAUGAUCAGUCCCAGAGGACUUUCACACUGUCAUCCUCUGCCAUAUAUGUAUGCUAUGUGGAGAGGCAUAGGGUUAGCACACUGCUUUCUUUGCCAGUUUUGGCUUCCCAGACUCUAGAGCUGUAGCUUCUCAUUCAAGUAGCUCGUCAGUUGGCAUCACAAGACUGAGUUAAAUCCAUACCAGUCCUCCCAACAAGUAACAAUCCCUAGCAGUUCCAGGGAUUGAAUCUGGGUUCCCCGCACGUAUGUUAGCCAUGCUGACUAAUUGGCUACAGAAUGGGUCCUAAUUCCCAAAUACAGCUUUUAAUUAUAUUGUUCGCAAGUACAUUUCUUAGUAUUCUUUGGGACUGAACUAUUUUCUUAUCUGGCAAGCAAGGGAGGUUGUCACCCAACUAUACAGUAUGUAUCUGCACAUACUGAACAUCUGACUUGCAGUUUCCAAAAUAUAUAUGCUUCUUAUAAUGACUAAACAAGUUGGCCGUGUGCACUGGAGAAGUAGUGAGUGCACUGACUUCACACACAAUCCGUACAUUGAUGUAAUUUGUCCAAUCUGAUUUUUCAAUAUUUCUAAGAGUUUGUGUGUUUGCUGCUGUGUGCAGUAAAGGGAGUAACAAUAUUUUAAAGAAUCCAUUAAUUAACUUUAUUGUGUAUUGCCCAGGACUGCUUUGGAUAGACAUUGGCGUGACGGGUGUGUCCACAAACAGCAGUAUUUCAUUUUCUUUUAUUCUUAAAAUACACUACGUAAGCAAUCAUUUAAGUGUCUGGAACCAGCUGCUUUACAUCUGUUACCUAUACAGCAAAAAUUGUUAUAAAUCACAAUUGUCUUGUACAUUGUUACUAAUGCCUGAAGCAUUGUGACAAUACUGAGGAAAAAAAAAAAAAAAAAAAAAAAAAACACGCCAAUAUGUCAUAAAAACUGUUACUGCCCCUGCAUGUGGUAUUCCUGUCGAUUAAAUGAAAAAAUUUAGGUUUAUGAGAAGUAUGUAAUAUAACUGUAUAUUUUGUUCUGGUCAAAGAAUGUAUGUCUUGUAGCCCCUUCAAUUAUAACUUGAUUACUAUAUUUUGUUUUACUGUACAUGUUUGUUUAUAUUAUUCCAUAUCCUGUCCUGUGGCAGUGUCUAAAAGUUGCUGCACAGUCUGCUAAAGAUGAAAAUAUCACAACAGAUGAAAAUAUUUAAAUUAAUUUAGCACUUACAUGUCUUGGAAACCAAUGUAAUUCAGCAUUUGAUCUCACUUUUAGUUCAUUAUUGCUUUUAAAAUAAAUAAACUUUAGCAUCCUGUGUUUGAAUUUAUAUAUACAUAUAAUAUAUGUAUGUGGUUGUGUGUGCCUGUGUGAUAGAUAAUUAUGUCUUUUAACAUUUUAAUAUGAACAGCUAAUAUUCAACACAAACAUCAAACACAACAAUAAUAGUUGCAUAUUUGUUUGAAAUCCUAUAAACAUAUUUGUUUAAUAUCCUGGCCUCUGACUGCUUGUUUAUAUGUGGCCAUUGUUUUGAGUGACAGUAGUUAUGUGUAUGAGAGACAUUUCAAUAGUUGUUGUUACUGGAAAUGGAAAAAGACAGUUGUUUUAUCAUGUUGUAUGCGCCAUUUGUGUGAAUACUUCAGUUGUACAGAUUUUUAUAUGCAUAUUUGUAUGUACACUAAUAUAUAAGCUUGAAGUGUUUUAUUGUUUUCGUCAAAAUAUUAACCGGAUGUUAUGUGGAAGCAGCAGUUGUUCCUUCAAUAUUUAACUAAUUGUUUUUUAAAAUUCUUUUUUAAUUUUAUCUAAGGGCAUGUGCAACCAUUUAAGGGUCCAUUGUAAAAACAGCUUAAGCAGAAAUGCAGUGUAGGCUUUUUCCCUCAGUGUUUGUUUAUGUCUGAUUUUCGUAUAUUGAGCCAGUACAAAGUAUAUGACAAAUUUGGAAACAUUGCAUAUACCAGUAAUAUUGUGACGCCAGUGUUUUUAAGAAGAGUUGGUGUAUUGUGUUGUAGGUAUUUGGGUCCUAUUGUAAAAAUGAAUAAUGGAUAGUUAUUGAUUUAUCACUGCACGUCAUGCAUAGCUGAUUUGAUAUUCUGUUCAGUUUUUACUUUAUAUAUACAUAUAAAAUAAACAGUUUUGUUACUCAGUAAAGACUCCCUAAUAUUCAUAUUUUUUCAAUACUGCAGUUCUUUUGCUACUAUCUUUGUUAUUCACAUCAUUAAAUAAGUACUCAUGAUAGUAGAGGUGAAGUAUGUGGUGGAAAUUAAACUUGAAUAUCUGACACAAUGAUUUGCCUACAACUUACAAAGAGUGCAACUAUUUAGCCAUUUUCUUCUUUUGGCCUAAUGUUGGAGAGGAUUGGGAAAGAUGUAUAUUCAGUGCUAAUUUUUUCAUAAAACACACAGUUGCUCAAGGGUCAUUACAGUAAAAUUGUGAAAAUUAAGGAAAGUUUCCACAGUCAGUUUUCCAGUGCAUGUACUGUGAUAAGAAAUAAUACUUGCAUACUUAAUAAGAAAUAAUACUAUCAUACAUAGCAUGACUGAGCAUAAAAAUAAGUAUGGAUAUAGAAGU